CCCUGCGGCUCCAGGUGCAGAGUCCCACCCCUCAUUUCUGCAAUGUGACGCCAGGCUCACUCAGCGCUCCACAGUCUUGCCUGGUCACCGGGAAAAGCGUUUGGAAGGCGGCUUCAGUCAUCCAGUCUGGAGUGCGCAUGCGCGGCGCUGCAGCGGUGUUUCCGCGUUGAGUGGCGAGCAGAAGGGAUCGAGCGAGUGAGAGAGUGGGAGUGAGAGGAUAGAGGGAAUUUGAGACGCAGCGGGACGCCGAGUCAGAAUAAACGGACACCCCACAAACGCUAAUAAAAAGCAAAAAAUAUCACCGUUCACAACCCAAGCUUUAAGCCAUGGAGGACACGGUGAAAACACUUAAAAUGUGAGGUUUAAAGAGACGUGCUGCAGAAACGAGCGAGAGCGGCUUUCCCUCUCAUCAUCCACGGCUGAUCUCGACUCGGUGCUCCCGUCCCCCUCCGUCUCUCGCACCGGGGGGAAAAUGAAGAAGUUUAAUAUUCGUAAGGUGCUGGACGGCUUGACGGCCGUGUCGUCCCCUUCUCCAUCCCCGCAGCUCGGGGCCAAGGAGAACGAGCUCAUCCCGGAGACGCUCCAGUCUGAACACUUCCAGAUCUGCAAGACUGUGCGCCAUGGCUUCCCUUAUCAGCCCUCCUCUAUGGCAUUCGACCCCGUCCAGAAAAUCCUUGCCAUCGGGACUCAGAGUGGGGCUUUACGAUUAUUCGGCCGACCCGGUGUGGAGUGUUACUGUCAGCACGAGAGCGGAGCAGCCGUCAUACAGCUACAGUUUCUCAUAAAUGAAGGGGCGCUGGUUAGUGCUUUGGCUGAUGAUAGUAUUCACCUGUGGAACCUGCGACAGAAGAGACCAGCUGUGCUGCACUCACUCAAGUUCAACAAGGAGAGGAUAACGUUCUGUCAUCUGCCCUUCCAAAGUAAAUGGCUGUACAUCGGCUCGGAACGAGGAAACAUCCACAUUGUGAAUGUGGAGUCCUUUACCCUCUCAGGAUAUACCAUCAUGUGGAACAAAGCCAUUGAACUGUCCUCCAAGGCCCACCCCGGCCCAGUCGUUCACAUUAGUGACAAUCCUAUGGAUGAGGGCAAGCUCAUAAUAGGAUUUGAGUCUGGGAUCGUAGUGCUGUGGGAUUUGAAAUCAAAGAGAGCUGACUACCGGUACACUUAUGAUGAGGCGAUCCAUUCGGUGGCCUGGCACCACGAGGGGAAGCAGUUUAUCUGCAGUCACUCAGACGGCACCCUGACCAUAUGGAAUAUAAAGUCCCCAGCCAAGCCCGCACAGACAAUCACGCCAAACGGAAAGCAGCCUAAAGAUGGAAAAAAGCCAGAGCCUUGCAAACCCAUUCUUAAAGUAGAGUACAAGACCACGCGAGCAGGGGAUCCGUUUAUGAUCUUCUCUGGUGGUUUGUCAUAUGACACUGUUGGUCGACGGCCAUGCUUGACAGUAAUGCAUGGAAAGAGCACGGCAGUACUGGAGAUGGAUUAUCCCAUUGUAGAUUUCCUCACCCUGUGUGAAACGCCAUAUCCUAAUGAUUUUCAGGAACCAUAUGCUGUAGUGGUCCUCCUCGAAAAGGAUUUAGUUGUUAUUGACCUUGCACAAAAUGGUACCCUAUCUUUGAAAAAUCCGUAUCCCAUGAUGAUUCACGAGUCUCCUGUGACAUGUUGUGAGUACUUAGCCGAUUGUCCUGUGGACCUCAUACCUGCACUUUACUCUGUUGGGUCUCGCCAGAAACGACAGGGCUACAGCAAAAAGGAAUGGCCUAUCAGUGGUGGAAACUGGGGCUUGGGCACACAAAGCUACCCUGAAAUAAUAAUAACUGGGCAUGCAGAUGGUUCAGUGAAGUUCUGGGAUGCUUCAGCAAUAAUGCUCCAGGUCCUGUACAAGCUGAAGACAGCUAAGGUGUUUGAGAAGGCACGCUGUAAGGAGGAGAAACCCAACACAGAGAUUGUGGAUGAGGACCCAUUCGCCAUUCAGUUGAUGUCUUGGUGUCCCGAGAGCCGCAUGCUUUGUGUGGCUGGUGUUUCUGCACAUGUCAUCAUAUACAGGUUCAGCAAACAAGAAAUCACCACAGAGGUUGUGCAGUUAUUGGAGGUCAGGUUACAGUAUGAGCUGAAUGAUCUGGAGUCUCCAGAAGGGGGAGGAGAUCAGACACCAGCUCCUCCCACACCAAGCACCUCCCCCAGUCCACAAACCGCUGCCCCUCAGACACACACCUCCACUAGCAGCAACUCGUCAGAUGGGAUCCGAGACAACAUACCCUGCCUAAAGGUGCGCAGCAGUCCUCUGAAGCAGUCUCCAGGGUAUCAGGUGGAGCUGGUGGUACAGCUGGUGUGGGUCAGUGGAGAGCCGCCCCAGCAGAUCAGCAGCUUGGCCAUCAACUCCAGCUAUGGCUUGGUGGUGUUUGGCAAUAGCAAUGGUCUGGCAGUAGUGGAUUACUUACAGAAGACUGUUCUGUUGAAUCUGGGAACUGUGGAAUUGUACGGCUCUAAUGAUCCGUAUCAGAGACAACUGCGAUCUCCCCGCAAGAGCCGACAGCCUUCUGGAGGGCUUUGUGACAUUAAUGAGGGCUCAGCCACCUCAGAGGAUCGCUGCAAAUCCCCCACCUCAGUCUUUAUGUCAAACCAUCAGCAAUUCUUCAAUGGAGGAGGGAGAGGAGCAAAGAUGUCACGGAAAUUAAGCUUGCCUACUGAGCUAAAGCCAGACUUGGACAACAGGGACAACUCCUUCAGCCGCUCACGGAGCUCCAGUGUGACCAGUAUUGACAAGGAAGCACGAGAGGCCGUAACAUCUUUCUAUUUCUGUGAGACGUACAACCGUAAAACAGAUGGUGGACUUACACCUAGUCUGUGGGUUGGCACGUCCUUGGGAACAGUCUUGGCAAUCUCCCUCAACAUGCCCCCUGCUGGAGAGCAGAGGCUUCUGCAACCAGUCAUCGUCUCCCCUUGUGGAACUCUUGUCAGGUUGAAGGGCAGCAUUCUCCGGAUGGCUUUCCUAGAUUCUACAGGGUCUCUCCUCCCUUCUGCUUUUGAGCCAUGGUAUGAACCCAAUGCUCCGGCCAAUGGAGAGGAGCGGGACAAGGUCCGUAAGAGACGGCCGGUGUCUGUCUCCCCAUCCACAUCCCAGGAACUGAAUGAAAACCAAUAUGCUGUGCUGUGCUCUGAGAAACAGGCCAAAGUCAUAUCCCUGCCCUCUCAGACCUGUGUAUUUAAACACAACAUCACCGAAACAUCUUUUGUGCUGCGGGCAGAUGUGGUACAGAUUAACACCGGCAUUUGUGUGGCCUGCUUCUGUGCCAAUGGACACAUCAUGACCCUCAGUCUGCCAGGGUUGAGGCCACUGCUGGAUGUAAAUUACCUACCCCUGACAGAUAUGCGGAUAGCGAGAACGUUCUGCUUCACCAACCUCGGCCAGGCCUUGUACCUGAUUUCCCCUACUGAGAUCCAGAGGAUCACCUACAGCCAGGAGGUCUGCGAGAACUUACAGGAGAUGCUAGGUGAGCUGUUUACUCCGGUGGAGACGCCUGAAGCUCCUAACAGGGGAUUCUUUAAGGGUCUGUUCGGAGGAGGAGCACAGUCUCUAGACAGAGAAGAGCUCUUCGGUGAGUCAGGAGCCGGGAAAGCACCACGCAGUCUCGCUCAGCACAUUCCAGGUCCUGGGGGUAUAGAAGGCAUGAAGGGGGCAGCGUCAGGCAUCGUGGGUGAUCUUGCUCGAGCUCGGAUAGCGUUGGACGAGAGAGGGCAAAAACUGAGCGAGGUGGAAGAGCGGACGGCAGCCAUGAUGGCCAGUGCUGACACGUUCUCCAAACACGCUCAUGAGAUGAUGCUAAAGUGUAAGGAUAAAAAAUGGUACCAGUUCUGAUCUCCGCAAAACAGCAGAGCCCAAAGGGACUCAGGAGUUCUCCUACACAGCCUUGUUCAUCCGUAAUCCUUCUCCCACUCCCAUCUUUAUCUCUCCUCUGCUGGACCAGUGGGAUCCCUCGCUCUUUCCUAGCACAAUAUUAAAUACAGUCUGCUUACAGAACUGCGGCACAGACUGAGAGUGGCCCAAAUCUGAGGAAUACCAUACCAUGAUGGCGUCCACUCUUCCGUUUUUGUUUGUUUGUUUAAUAUCGCCAAUCCCCUCUCAUGGUGGCUGGGCUUUGCACGCCCUGGAAUUCCAUUUCUUCUCUCAGUCUUUGAAUUGUUUUUGUGCUGUUGUUUUUUUGCAAUCACGUCCUGCCUCUCACAUCCGAGAGCA